UGUCCGUGCGUGUUACAUUUUGAGUUGCAAGUACAUAUGGACAUAGUCUUACAGUUGAGACAGACCAUCGCUGAUCUGAAUGUACGACCACGCCAACAGCCUUGAAAGCAAGAGGUCAAAAAGGUGAAAAUUCUGACCUAAAACAGAAAUGGAUAAGAUAACGCCAGCUGUUAACAGGUCAUCGUUUUAUUGUACCUUUUAUCUACUGAUAGGCUGAGCGAUUGUAAGAACUCAGUCCUACACCUCGCAAAGUGAAGUCGUUUGGUCACCUCUAGCAUCGACCCUCGCCCUCUGCAUCCGCAGUCACCUGCUCGCGAUUUCACAAAGAGCAAGACAGUAUUGGAACUGCAAGAGUCAUAUAAACAAAUGGCGGGGUCACGUCACAGACUUCUCGUCAAGCACGCUCGGCAGGUCGUGCAGGUGAGCAGCACGCGCCAGACAGUCAAGUGCGCUGCCGACAUGCAGCACCUUAACAUCCUGCAGGAAGAGGGAGACUACUCCAUCAUGGUGGGGAGCGAUGGACUGAUCCUGGACAUAGGUCCAACCAACGAAAUAGAAGAAAAAUACAACGGUGACGUCAUCGAUCAAGUCAUUGACGCCAGCGGAAAGUGCAUCAUUCCCGGCCUCGUGGAUGCGCAUACACACGCGGUGUGGGCCGGAGAUAGGGUGCAUGAAUUUGCAAUGAAGCUAGCCGGAGCAAGCUACAUGGACGUCCACAAAGCCGGUGGUGGCAUUUACUUCACGGUCGAGCACACCCGCCGAGCCACCGAAGACGACCUCUACGAGCUGCUGCGCAAGAGGCUGCUCAAGAUGCUCCGGUCCGGCACGACCCUGGUGGAGGUCAAGAGCGGCUACGGCCUUGACACUGACUCGGAAGUAAAAAUGCUGCGCGUGAUCGAACGAGCACGACGUAGUCUGCCUAUCGACAUUUCGUGCACCUUCUGCGGAGCCCAUGCUGUGCCCCGAGACAUCACCCCCGAAGAGGCCACCCGCAGGGUCCUUCAAGAACAGCUCCCGCGAAUCCAAGCGCUGACUUCAGUGGGCGAGCUGCACGUGCACAAUAUUGACGUGUUCUGUGAGGAGGGCGUGUUCAGCGUGCAGCAGUCUCGCGAGAUCCUGCUGGCUGGCAAGGCUGCUGGCCUCAACAUCAAUUUUCACGGCGAGGAGCUACAUCGCCUCAACUCCGCAGAGAUGGGAGCAGAGAUCGGUGCCCUGGCAAUCAGUCACUUGGAGGAAGUGUCGGAGGAGGGCAUGAGGGCCAUGGCUCGAGCAGGUACCUUGGGCGUGCUGUUGCCCACCACGGCCUUUAACCUUCGCCUCAAGCCACCACCAGCGCGCGCAUUGAUACAAGAGGGCGUGCCGGUAGCUCUUGGGUCAGACUUCAAUCCUAACGCUCAUUGUCUGGCCAUGCCGCUGGUGAUGAAUCUGGCCUGCGUCACACUGCGCAUGUCCAUGCCGGAAGUUCUGGUGGCCGCCACGCUCAACGCGGCAGCUGCUUUGGGCCGCUCUGACAUGCACGGGUCGCUGGAGAUUGGGAAACUUGCCAACUUUUUGAUCCUUGAUAACCCCAGAUGGGAACACUUGAUUUACCAGAUGGGUGACCACAACAGUGUGAUUAAGCACGUGGUGUGGCAUGGUGACAUCGUGCAUUCAACCCCUUCAAUCGACGAGAGCUAAACACUAAGUGCGUGUGCUUUCUACACCCACCCGAAACAUCUUGCCAUCUCAUACUGCCUCAUUAGUGCCCGCUGUGUGCUGCCAGAUCAUUUUACCUAAAACAUCAAAAAAGCUAAUUUCAUUCUAGCUUACAGUGUACCUAAAGUAUCAGAUAUCCCCUGCUGGAAAAUUGUUUUCUUUCGUGUAGGCAGUGGUAGGCCGCCGAGAUAAAGCACAGUUUUCUUAUCGUACUCUGUCGUCUGAUUGUGAGAAGGAUAAGUGUUGUAAACUUUUUGGUUAGUUCUUGGUUUUGUAGAGAGAGUGCCUCAAUCAAGCAGUGAUUUCUCAUUAAACUUGACAACUCUCUAGUUUUUUCUGUUCUGUAUUUUUUAAUGUGCUACACAAAAACAAAGGCAUUCGGUGAUGGCAGCGUGCUCGUAAAUAUAUACAUUUUGAGAGUACCUAAGACAUUCUAUACAUAAAUGACAUAGGAGUGCCGCAUGUGCAAAAAACAAAUACAUUCUGCAUUUAAACAUUCGAAUAUUUGGCUCAUCUUCGUCACUGGUCGUCACCCUUUGCGAACCGCAAUGAUCAUUUGGUGCAGUAGUCCUCAUUUGUUCUCUCCAUCUAGGAACUUCGCAUCCUUUUCUGCCAGCAGAAGUACUUACUGUUAACCCGCUUGUUCAUCUGUGCAUCUUUUAAAUACUUCCUGCAGAAGGGUGCGAAUGAACGGAAGGUUAAAAUGGGAAGUUAUUCGCCCAGACAGACCAAAAUCAAAAUAAAGAAUUAUUGUAAAAUUAUAACUGCCAGAAACAAAAUAAAAGUUUGGGAUCAUUUUCUUUGA